AUGCCCGAUUUUUAUAAGAUUGAAAUAAAUAGAACAGAAUGGGAAGUUCCAGAAAGAUAUCAAAUGUUAACACCCGUUGGAUCUGGCGCAUACGGACAAGUUUGCUCAGCAUUGGAUAAAAAAACAAAAAUGAAAGUUGCCAUUAAAAAAUUGGCUCGUCCUUUUCAAUCUGCAGUUCACGCCAAAAGAACUUAUCGAGAAUUAAGAAUGUUGAAGCACAUGAAUCAUGAAAAUGUGAUAGGAUUACUAGAUGUAUUUCAUCCUUCAACAUGUUUAGAUAAUUUUCAGCAAGUAUAUCUGGUUACUCAUUUAAUGGGUGCUGAUUUAAAUAAUAUAAUUAGAACUCAAAGAUUAUCUGAUGAUCAUGUUCAAUUUUUAGUUUAUCAAAUUCUAAGGGGAUUAAAAUAUAUUCAUUCUGCAGGAAUCAUACACAGGGACUUAAAGCCUUCUAAUAUUGCUGUUAAUGAAGAUUGUGAGUUAAAAAUUUUGGAUUUUGGUUUAGCACGUCCAACAGAGAAUGAAAUGACAGGUUAUGUUGCCACUAGAUGGUACAGAGCACCUGAAAUAAUGUUAAAUUGGAUGCACUAUAACCAAACAGUCGAUAUUUGGUCCGUUGGAUGCAUUAUGGCAGAAUUAAUAACUGGAAGAACUUUAUUCCCAGGAACAGACCAUAUUCAUCAAUUGAGUUUAAUUAUGGAAAUACUCGGAACUCCUAAUGCAGAAUUUAUGAAAAAAAUAUCAAGUGAAUCCGCUAGAAAUUAUAUUUUGUCAUUACCAACAUUAAAAAAAAGAGAUUUUAAAGAAGUUUUUCAAGGAGCUAACAUAUUGGCCAUUGAUUUAUUAGAACAGAUGUUAGAAUUGGAUGCUGACAAGAGGAUAACAGCUGAACAAGCUUUAGCUCACAGGUAUUUAUCUCAAUAUGCUGAUCCAUCAGAUGAACCUGUUUCAGCACCUUACGAUCAAAGUUUUGAAGACAUGGAACUUCCGGUUGAAAAAUGGAAAGAAUUAGUUUACAAAGAAGUUUGCACAUUUCAACCACAGUUAUUAGUUUCAAAUUUGCAACAAGAAUCCUAG